CCUUUGGCAAACCUUUGGCAAUGUUUUGGCAGUUUUUGGCAUACGAUUGUGUUGAAAAAAUGUAAGGAAAAAUGGUGCGAGUUGCUGUGGUAGGUCGAACCUAUUAACCAUAUUUAAUGUACAUAUUUUGAUACUUAAAUUCAAUAUUUUUUGUAUAAAAACCAAAUGAAUGACCAUUGUGCACGGUAAUAUUUGCCUCAUUGGUAUACACAUUUAUACAGUACAAUGAAAUGAAUGACCGUCAUUCAAAACUGAGUAAUUAAUUGUGAUGGAAAUUGCAUGCAUCUCAAACAGUGUGAGCAGUUGAGGGGCUUCAGGCUGUUGGCCAUUUAUAGACGGAGGACCCCAGAUUAAUCUUGGGUGCAGGGCUGCAGGCUAUAUCGGAGGUGGAAGUGGAAUGCUGUGGUGCAGCAGUGGUAUAUUAACACAUUGAGUUGAAUUGCACCCCAAUGCACCACAUACAAGCUGAGGGCGAAUGCCCCCAGUCCCCCCACGAAAUCAUAUUUUACCCAACCCCCUCCCAUGAAAAGUCCCUUUUUCCUAAAUUAUACAAACAAACAAGCGAAGAAUAACAAAUACAUAAACGGAAAGUAAGUCUUAGGCUUCACCCUUUGUCCUUGUUUAACAAAAUCGACUUAAAUAUACUAACACUAAUGAUAAAUUAUUGUUAAUAAUUUUUUUAUUUUUUGUGUGUUUUUUCCUUCUUUUAUUUCAAAUACAAAUACAGUUAGAAUAAAUUUUAGAACAAAUUUGGAUGCUCAGAAUGCAGGAAAUGGCAUUUCUUGGCUUCAAAUUUAAAAACUUUUCUGGGGGAGUAUGCCCCCAGACCCCCUAUUCAUGUGUGGUGUGUUGGCCGCACACAUGGCCCACGCCAUUGUUCCUUAAAAAAGGGCGUGUAGCAAUGUGCCCUACUUUAUUAUUUCACUCUGUCUACAGUGUGAAGGGAGAGCCCUGGUUAAAAUUGAGAAGAUUAUAUGCCAAUUAAGAUGAUGUACAUAUCCAAGAUAGGUAAAAAAUCGAAUCGGUUAAUCCUAGUUGGACCAGAUCCUAGUUGGACCGAACCUAACCCAAACUCUAAUCCUGAGGCAGGUACUGGUAUAGAAGUUGCACCAGAUUGCUAAAGUUAUGGUUAGGAUCUCGUCUGGAUCUAGUCUGACUGGUGAUACGGUCCGACUUUUAUGCCUGCCCGUAUCCAGUUGCCCUUACAGUAAUUUCCUUUUUUUCAUUACUCAUUAAUUAUUCCUGAAUCUGAUAUAUAUGGGUUAUGUGAGUGAUGUAUAUUAUUUAGUAAUACCCAGAUUGCAACCUGGUACUGAGUCUGCUUUAGAAUAAUUCAAAGCAGCAAAGUGCAAAUCUGCCAGCAGAGCAUAAAACAUCAACCAUUGAAAAACAUCCUAUUCGCCUACUAGAAGUCAGAUGACCUGAAAAAUUGGAGUUUUUAAUAUAAGGAGUCUUAAUAGUCUCCAAAGUAGGGAGAUAACUGGAGUACAACAUGAUGAAAGCUGUGUUCAAGGACACGCGAAGCUACAGGAGCACAAUGACAAACCUAUUUUUGUAAAUAGAAAGAAAACCAUGCCCGCCCACAUCACAGAGAACAUGUACCAGUCACCUUAAAUGAGAGAAACCUUGAGACUCGCGUCGACCAACAUGAAAUGCAGGUCCUGAAAGUAAUAUAAAGCUGUCUUUUGAAUGCAGCAAAUAAAGAAUAUACCAGUGAAGAUGAGCUUGCAAACAAGCUGGCUGAUGAUCAUUCGGAAGUAAACGACCUGCAGAAUGAGCUUGAAGAAAUUAUUCUUCUCAGGAUAGUUACCAAGGUUUUAUCUGUUGUGACGUCUUUAUCAAGAAACAAAGUUCAAGUGAAAUGUUUUUAUAACCUAAUAAACUGUUAAUAGCUGCAGGUUAUCCAAUCUCCAUAUAGUAAUGUUAACAAACGUUGCUGCCCAUAAAAGUCUUAGGAGUAAGUGGCCUUUUUAAUUGACUGCCUCCUGCCGCAACACGUUGUUUCUGGUGCCCCUGGUAACCUUUUCUUUUUCAAAUAAAUCCCGUCUCUAUUAACGCCCCUCCCAAGUGGCGCAGGCAAGGGGGAGGGCUCUGCCCCCAAUGAUCUCCAGCACUGUUUUUGAGAAAAGUUUAAAAUCUGGCCGUAAAAGUGCCAAAUCCACCCUAGGAUUUUCGCGCCAUUGGCGUUCGCGUUUGGAAUCUAUGUUUGUUUUGUCGUCCCAGAAUCACCCCCUGGCUUCGCCACUGCUCCAACCUUUCACCACAAAAAUUACAUGUAUUAAGUUCAUGUAUAUAUGCUAAGGUGAUACCAGUAAAUAUACAUGAACUUGUGGUAAGAGCUCUACAACUGGACUCCAUAGCUCAGUUGGUUAGAGCUCGACAACUGGACUCGUAGGGCGACAGGUUUGAUUCCUACAGAGGGCUUACAGUUGCAUUUUUCGCAAUUGUUCCCGUUUUAGGUCUAAAAAUGGUAUAUAAUUUACACUCGAAAUCACUGAGAUGUCCAAACUCCUGAUAUUUUUUCGUCUAUGUUGUUUUUAGGUUACAGGUGGUAACAGAGGUCUGGGUUUUGCUAUUGUGAAGAAACUAUGUGAAACAUUUCAAGGUGUUGUUAUAUUGACAGGUAAAUGUUAACAAUGUAGAUAUAGGUGGACAUAUGAAAAAAAUAUGUAAAAACAAUUUGACAGAAAUUUCAAGAGUACUUGCUGAAAACUUUUUUUAAUGAUCGUAAGAUAACGAUCAAUCUACCUUUGGAUGUAUACAACUUUUUACCAAUUAAAAGCCUUUGAGUUGCAUGCACUGAGUUGUUAAAUUACACCAAAUGGUAUAUUCAAUAGUAUUGUUUCAGACAUUAACAAAAUCCGCUACAGGGUGUAUAAAAAAACCCAAACUGAACAGAUUUGAAAUUGCUCUCAAUUUCGCAAAACAGCUAUUAGUAUCCAGUUUAUUUAUAUAAUUAUAUAGCUUCUUUGGGUAUUUAUGUAGAAUAACGAAAAAAAAUGUCUCGAACUUAAAUUUUGUAAACCAAGGGAUGUGUCUUUUUCGACAAACUAAAAAUGGCUUGCGCACGAGAUUUAAAAGCUUUAAUCGUACUUUAAGUUACUGGGUGAAAAAUGUGUGGGGUGUUUAAUUGCUGCACGAAAUUUCAGACAAUUUGCUUCAGUUUAAGCCCUUUAACUAUUCUGCUUAGAUAGCAUUUUGUCGUUCUCCGUUCUGUGUGAUGUCAUAACAUGGUAAGAACAAAAAAGAGCUUCAAGAUCCUUUGGGGCAUGUCACAGAUGGUUUUACUACGUUAUGCCGUCCUCUGUUGGCAAAAUGUACUUGUUUUAUAUAAUUUUUUAUAAGAAUUUGAAAAACUACUGCAAAAACGCACUCUUUUCUGUAACAGCUGCCUUUAGUUAGUAAUUCCUCAGAUUAAAAGCAGUGGCAAGGAUAGAAGUAUUGUGCAAAUUUGCUAGAAUUAAGUUGCACUAUUUUCACUAGAAUAUUUAAAUAUUUUAGCUCGUGAUGACGAGAAAGGUUUAGCUGCAUGUGAAGUUCUAAAGAAAGAUGGCUUCCAACCAGAUUUCUAUCAAGUCGAUGUUACUAAUGAAAAUACAGUGGAAGGUUUAAAGAAUUACAUCAAGUCUCAAUACGGUGGCGUGGAUGUUUUAAUCAAUAAUGCUGGAAUUUACUGUGUGCGUAUUUUAUCAUAUUCUAACAGCUGCAUGGAUAGAAAAACAUUAUUUACCCACGCUAACCCUGUCAACCGAGGCUGAUUUCCACAGGGGGCGUGUUUUGGACGUUGAAUUUCCGCCCGAAUUUAAUGCUGCUCAGUUUUAAAUAGUUUUAUUCUACGCAGCAUAUUAAUUAUGAGGUGUGAUAUCCGCCAAAAUUCAUAUAUUCAAUUAUACCAUUGGAAAUUGCAUUUAUGAAGUUCAGUUAUGCUAUUAUGAUAUUCGAUAUUAUGAUAUUCGAAUUUCAUUCGGGCUGAAACAGUCAUUAUUGAAAUUUCAUUCGGCGUGAAACAGUCAUUAUUGAAAUAGUCAUUCGGCAUGGCACUCAGAAACCAAAAUUCGACUUCCGGUUUAGCGGGAAAAGCACGCGGGGAAUUGUAAUUUCUACAUGGCCGAAGGCGAAGGCAAUUUAAGUCAACAGCGUGCUGUUUCUUUGUUGCAAGAAGCAACAAGAUUGAUCAGAGAAUUUAUCCUGGAUCAUCAAAUAAUGUUUUUUCAGCACAAGUUGCGAGUCCAAAUGUAAUUUCUCAAUACAUCAAAUCGAGAAAGAGUGUUGGGGAAUUUUAGAAAUCUUUUUGCGCCGUAUGGGCGUACUGGUCGCCGAUGUCUAAGUUCCUCAACACAGUUGUUUCCAAUACGUCUACAACACUUAUAUUUCUUUCUUGUUGACUUAACUUGCCUUCGACUUUGGUCAUGGUGGGAUUACAAUUUCCCGCUGAACCGGAAGUCGAGUUUUGGUUUCUGAGUGCCAUGCCGAACCGAAAGUCGAAUUUUGGUUUCUGAGUGCCAUGCCGAAUGACUGUUUCACGCCGAAUGAAAUUUCAAUAAUGACUGUUUCACGCCGAAUGAAUUCGAAUAACAUAAUAUCGAAUAUCAUAAUAGCAUAUAUAUAUAUGAAUAUUAUAUAUUGAAUAUAUGAAUAUAUAUAUAUUGAAUAUAUAAAUUUUGGCGGAUAUCACACCUCAUAAUUAAUGACUUCCACUACCGCUGCUAUUAAGGGAUCAUUAACCAAUCAGAUGCGUUAACACAAUCUUCAUCUUUUGUUUUCAAUAAUUGCCUUGUAGUUCAAUUCAAUAAACUAUUGUACUCCUUUCAAGCACUCCAAAUUCAGUAAUUUUAUAAUUAUACAUCACUUAGGGCUCUACUUCAUCUUCAUCAUAUGCUGAACAAGUGAGGCAAACCGUUGAUUGUGACUACUUUGGGUUGAGAAAUGUUUGUAAAAGAUUGUUUCCUUUGUUGAGACCUUUUGCCAGGUACAGGGUAUAUAUCAAUAAUGUUUGUUACCCGUCAGCAGUCUGGGAAUAAUAACUUGUGCUCAAAUAUACAGUAGUCCAAACACUUGCUGAAAAAUUGAUUUCCUAGUGUCCCAACCGGGAAUCGAAGUAUCGAACCAUUUAAGGUCUUUGUUUUGAUCUUGGUUCGAUUCCGGGUUGGGUUGGGUUUGGGAAAUUAAUUAUUCAACCAGUCAUUCCAAUCCAUUAGGACAAUACAUUACACACAAGUUACUAUUCCAGAGGCGAAGCUGGCCAUGGCAACUUGUCAUGCUAUGUUAAUAAACUGCACCAAAAUAAUUUAAAGGCAAUAUAUUUCUAUGAGUUUGAAUAACGCAGAUAUUUAAAAGUUUCCAUACCAUGACCAGUUGCUAUGGUUAGCUUCGCCGCUGCAGUAUCAAAUUUAAUUUGAGGCUCGGUUGACCAACAUCGUCUAAAAUAUCAAUUUUAUAUAUACAUAUGUACUUGUGCCAAUGCUAGUAUGUACACAUAUAAUUUUUAUAUUUAAAAAAAAAUAAUUUGCUUAUAGUUCGCUAUCGCCAAUGAUAUCAUGCCUUAGGACCCUGAAAGCGAAGAUUGAAUUUACCAGAAAUUACAGGAAUUCACUCGGCUGACUGACGUAAUCUGAUAUUUGCCUUGUUUUACACUAUUUAUUUUCUUCCCAGAGUGGUGAACAUAUCUUCAAGAAUGGGAAAAUAUUCCUGUCUAAAUCCUCCUGCUAUAGAUCGCAUUUCUUCUCCUGCUCUGACGGAAGAAGAUCUUGAUCAGAUAAUGGAUCAGUUUAAAAGGUAAACUUAAAUACCAUUGUGACGCGCACUUUACUGUCUCAAUGACCUUUUGGAUAACUAUAAGUUUCUUUAUAGUGAUGUACGAACAGGUGUACAGAAACAGGAAGGUUGGCCACCAGAUUCGUUAUUAAAUUCUUGGCAAAAUUCAGGUAUGUUUUGUUUUUUGUACAGACCUUUUGAAGGUGCAUGAAUUUAUAUUCCCAUGAGUCCUGGUCUGGAACCACAACACUAACUUGCUCAUUUUUUUUAUCUGUUUGUGCCAAUGUAUAGGUAAUGUUUUCAGGUAGUUGCAUCCCUACCAACGAAAGCUUGUCAUUUUUGUUUUCCCUUUUAGCUUACUGUGUUACCAAACUUGCGGUUACAAUUUUAACGAGAUUACAAGCAAACUAUUUCAUAGAAUGUGGCAGGUCAUCAGAUCAAAUACUUGUGAAUGCGGUGAGUUUGUUAUACUGUUAUAGUUGCUUAUACUAACUCGGCCCCAGUCGUUUAUGUGAAUUUUUGGGGGGGGAGGAGUAUCGACGAUCGAUGAGUUGAUUGCAGGCGCGUGGCCCAACGACUGAUCUAUAUAUGCCAUGCACUGAUAUGUGCCAAAAAUACGAUCCUGCGGAGGAGUUGCUUAUAUAUAUACGUGCGCGAGAUAUGAGGAUGUUAUCAAAACAUUCUACGCAUACAAAUUUAGUGAUUUCCUCCUUAAAUUGAUUCUCAUAUAUGUUUGCUUAUGACUUUUUAACUGCCCUUUUUUCUUUCUAAUAUAUUGUGCUGUGCAUGACCCUAGUCGUACAUGAGAUCGUACAUAAAUACGAGCCCAGGGCGCUUAUAAACUAUAUAAGCUAAUAAGCGCACUGUACGAGCAGCCUAAGAAUAAAUGCGCAUUUCCUAUAUAGGUAGGGUAUAAUAUAUACCACUGAAAUACGGUUUACUUAUAGUGACCAAUGACAUCGUUGUUAAAUUCGGAAUAUAAUUCAUGUUUUAGUGUUGUCCAGGAUGGUUACAAACACGUCUUGGAGGACCACAUGCUCCUUUGUCUGCCGAGGAAGGUAUAUGCGCAGCAAACGAGGUUUCAGGGGCCAAGCAGCCAGGGUGUGAUAAUUGAAGAUUUUUAGUAGACGAGUUGUGUGCUUGAUUUACACAGUACAACUCAAGUUGUAAGCUGGCCGUUGUAUACUGUAAUUGUAAGCAGGAUGCAUACGACAGUUUUAGGCAAAGUUGUGUACUUGUGUAAAUCGUUCUUAAGCAAACUUGGAUAUUGACAAACGUCAACCGGGAUUCGUAAAAAGUAGGAACAGUGUCUCAUUUUCCAGUAUAGUACCAUUCAACCAUGCACAUGAUGGUCUUAAUGAGUGAUUCUCUUUCAUCUAGCUCAUGAUCCGCGAUUGCCUGCACAUUGCACAUUUACAUCCAUAACCAUCACCUUGUCACGUCUUUGGCUGCUAUAGACAUGCACAGAUGCACUUACCGAAUUUGCUGUCUGCCAAUAAAAGCUACUUAUUUAACAUCUCGCUUUCAAGCUAUUGUUAGACCUUAUGCAAAAUGACGUCACAAAGCUUAAUGCCCACGAGGAAUUCUGGUCGUAGUAGUCAUCGCCCGGCAAAAUUUCGAUAGUAUCCAUUUUGAAUUGUUUGAUUUUCCUGGGCGAUAACUACUUUCAGAACAGCAUUCCUCGCAGACAUCAAGCCUUGUGACGUCAUUAUGCGUAAGGACUACUGACACUCUAGCUAAUUCGGGAAAUGUCUAUUAUAUGAUGCUGCAUGGUUUUCACAUGAAAAUAUCAAGAAAUUAUUUGCAAAAUAUAUAUCUUCUCUCCCCAUAAGAUGUUUGAAACAACAUUGACAAAAAUUCUUCAUCUCGAUUUAGGUGCGGAAACUCCAGUCUAUCUUGCACUGUUACCUCCACAAACUAAAUCACCCAAUGGAAAAUUGCUGUUUGAAAAAAAAAUUGUACCAUUUGUUAAAGGUAAUUGUCGAGAAGAAAUGCCUCCUGACUAAAAUUCAUUAUAAGUUAAGGCCGUUUUCCACUUCAAUCGUAAUGUACCGAUUAUUGAAUGUUGAUUGGUUAAUACUUCCGUAGUACACUAAAAAGUUGACUUGCGACGAACUUUUCAUUUUGAUACGCGAAUCAACCGAAAGUUCCUAAAUUUGAAAACCCAUCUUCAAACUGCGUAUGCUCACCGGUACGUUACGGUACGAUGUGGGCGAAGUGAAAAACGUCUUAAGUCUUUAAGUCUUACCAAUAUGGCUUUUUCGAAUCAUAUAGUUUGGAACUUUGGAUGACGUUCUAGUCCAGUCAAAUCACUAUAAGUACAUGGUCCUGAUCAAAGUAAUCGCAAUAGAUUUGAUUUCAGUGGUAAAGUGUGUGAAAAGUUGUUCUGAUUAACAUACUAAAAAUAAAAAAAAAUCCCUUCGGUGGAACAUGAUGAAAAUCGAGUUUUUCUUACUUCUACCUAUAGAAAACCAUUGUGGACAGAAUAUUGAAAUGUUGAAAUCAUUUUUAGGCAAAUGUAACCUACAUUAUUGGAAAGCUUAGAAAAAACUAAAAUAUAAAUCAUUAAACGGUUAUCUUGCUUUUGCCUAUCCAGCCGAAGUUAUACAAGAUUUAAAAUGCCAACUUUGAGCUAGAAUAACGACAAACUGACCAGUAAAUUGAAUAUAACCGUUUUACCACAAUUUAGCGGCAAUAACUCUCUGAAAUAUUCCUAGUACGAAUGUGUCUCCACCAUUCGUUAAUGCUGGAUAGGCUGCUUGUAAUGAAACUAGUAAAUAUGAUAACCAUUUAACAAUCGUGAAAUUAACUAUAAGCGUUCAAAAUUUAUUGUUGUUUCCGGUAGCUAACUUUUCCGAUGUUGGCCUCGUUUCUUUGAUUGUACGGUUGCAUAUUAUAAUGGCAGGCCUAUAUUUCUGACGAGCAAUUCUCGUCUAAUGAUAAAAGUAACUCGCAAAAGUUACACGUAUAUGUUCUUACUUAAUAUUUAAGACUUUAAGUGAUGGAGAACGGUUGGUUUGGGUUAUCGCUAGUUUUCAUUCUAGUAGAUUUUCAAAGUUUUUUUCAAGAACAAUUCGGAUUUAUCCCCGUUGUCUAUGGCUACAUACACAAUGCACUGUUUCAGACUGGCGAAAUAUAAAUCUCAUUUGACACUGACAGAAGGAUUACCUUAGCUUAGUUAACGACCGCUUUGGGAAUUAACAACAAUAUUGUUCACGUCACAUGUGAUUAAUCUUCAACAAUUACUCUAAAUAUGAUUGGUUAGUUUGCUGCUCGCUUUGUCUACGGCUAGCCUCAGUUAUGUCUCCUUAUUCGUAGGUCAUGUAUUGCAGGACACAAAAGCGAAUUUAGAUGCAAAUUGGUUUAUAAAGGUUUUAGGUGUAAAAUGUUUGUUUUCUCGUAGACAGCUCUCUUAAUCCUUGUACUAACACCGAUUUGGUUAUUUUGAUUUCUUUGUGACUUAAAUGUUCACCCUGGAAAUGGAUGAAGCUCCAUGUGUAAAGUUAUCUGGCGUUCAUGGUCAUCCAGGAAGAAAUAAUGAUGUCAUUUUCUGUGGUUCUGAAGCACAACAACACGUAGUGUUCUUCCACGGUGAUGUUCAGGUCAGUCCAUGUCAUUCAGAUUAGUUCGGACAUCCAAAUGACAGUUACUUUAAGCUAUGCUUUAAGGCUCGUGAGUUAUCAAAAUCUAAGAAGUUCUCGAAAUGAAUCCUGACAUGCAUAAAGAAUUCAUUUGAAAAUACGUUUUGUAUGAAAUGUCUAUAUCUGCUAUACUUACAAUCUGUCAUCUGAGGAUGAAUAUAAUUUAGCUUUAUGGUCAACAGAUUCAACAACUUACUUGAUGCAGUCCUGCAAGCACUAUGUUUAUGUAUUUCAUAGAACACUACCGAGCCUUUCCUUCCAAGAGCUGAAUAUCCUAAUAAUCACACUAAUACUGACGCAAGGUCUUUGCUUGGAACGCUGGAGAAUUUGUAUUUAAAAUACAGCGGAAUAUAAUAUACUUACUCGUCAGUAUAGCUAGCGGGCGGCGAACAUAUCUUUACUGCUGCAACUUAGAAUUCUCUCUGAACCGUCACCUGCAUGGGGACUCACCGGAGACGUUUUCUUAUAGGCGUCUAAAAUUUUAUUAUAGACAAUAUUAUGCCUGUCUUUCCCUCCCCUAAUGAAAGCAAUAUUGGCAUGUGAUAUUGGCGUGAAUGUUAGCUUGGAUUGUUUGAGUCUAAACUAAGUUACAAGAAAACGGUCAAAAGCCUUUUGACGUUUUGAGCGAAGGUCCUUCCACACAAGGUUAGCGACGCAACUAACAACCUGGGGCCGCUUGUUCAAAGAACAAUUAUAAUAGCGCCAAAAUUUAAUGUUUUGAUUUGCGCAUUUCUGCAAGUCGGAGAUGUUGUAAAAAUGACAAAAUAGAACUUUUUGAUCCAGGCAAGUUCCGAAAAAGAUUUCUAAGUUUUUUUAACAAUCUGGUGGGAAAUUUGCUGUAAAGUUUUACUCUAACCUAGGAUUAAGCUAACCGCCUUCACGAAAAGCAUCGAAAUGUUUUUAAUCUUUUUUAGUAGUGCAGACUAACUACGUCUACGGCCGUUUAUAGCCCUACCUUCGGCUCAACUGACGAGCUCAAUGUGUUUGGUACUGUACCGGGAGGCAACGCGCUUAGCUCUUGAGCAAUACAUGCUUUUAAAUUAAAAGUAACCUUUAUAUAUCUUAUCAUAUUUUCUAGGACUACGUGGAAAAUAUGGUUGCUCACAGUAGUAACAAAGCCUGGAUGCAAUGGGAUCUCGAAUCAACUUCAAAGUUGCUCUCCAAACGAUUUCCCAGUAGUUUUAUUUGGGUGGUAAAAUCAUCACGACUCCAUUUAGGCACGUAUGCUUGUUAUAAUAAUUUCGUUGAAACAAGUGCCUUAGGUGUGCCUGACCAUAACGCAAAUAUUGGUGCUAUUCCUCACCUUCGUUGGUUACUGGACUCUGCCGUCAGAAAAGGUAGGUUGUAAUUUUGUCUCAUAAAUAUGUCGCGUAUUGUGUUCUGAUUGGUCGCCUAGCCGCUGCCAUGCAUGCUUUCCACCUCCUGUUCUCGCGAAUUUUGCUAUAUUCACUUCCAGUGGCGUUGCCAGCCCGACGAUUCAGUCUCGCUAUGCAAAUAUUGCCAUGUUUAUAAACUAUCAACACAAUCAAUUUCUAAAGAAAUGAAUAAUGAUAUACCAAAUUGUCGGACUGUCGAAAUUUGAUGUCCACUGCUCGGAAAUUGAUGUCCACCUCUCAAAAUUUGAUGUUCACCUCUCAAAACGUUAUUAACCAUUAAACGUUAACCUCGCUUCGCUCGGUAGACAUCAAUGCCAUUGGAUCCGUAAUACGAUCCGUAAUCUUCUGACAGAUUUCCGUCUGAUAUGAACAUGGGACGACAACUGAUCAACUUGAAAAAUUCGGAAACUCUCGAUCCCAGUCUAUUUUUAACAUUACCAGUUAAAACCCGCCUUUAUUUAUUCAUCUGGGGCCAGUUGUUCAAAGCUGGAUUAGGGCUAACCCUGGGUUAAAGUUUAACCUGCUGUUUGGGGUUUGUAUACUUCUGCAAGUCUAUUUAUUUCAAAACUUUGGACAAUAAAACUUCUGUUGAUCCAGACAAGAUUUCUAGAAAAACACUUCCAUGUUUAAAAACAAGCUGUUGGAAUGAUUAUUAUAAAAUAACAUGUAUAUAACGCGUGCUCUGAUUGGUCGAAACCUGUGUUUGGAUCAGGCCAUCCCAUUGGGCCAUCCAAACACGGAAAUUUAAAGUGAAAAUUUUUACAGUGAAAAUUUUUUGAAGUUUUAACACGGAAAGUUGUUAUUUUAUAAAACAAUUACUUUAUGGUUUCCGUGUUUGGAUGGCCUGUUCCAAACACUUGGGAAUGUUGCUCGAGGAAAAGCGCGCAAAAUCACUCGUGAUUUCGCGCGCUUUUCUCAACUCUCGCAACAUUCCCGCGUGUUUGGAUCAGGCCAUCCAAACACGGAAACCGUAAAGUAAUUGUAUAACCUAAGUUCAAAAACUCAUUAAUAAUUCAUGAAAAAUCAUAAGGAAUUCAAGAAAAAUUAUAAGCGUGUCGUAUCUUUAUAAUUAUGUGAUAGAGAUUUCCCUUGAUUUACAUCAACUUUAACUUUGAUUUUCUCGACUUACACAACGUAUUUUUUGAAAAUUACUUCGCCAAUGAACUCACUAGAUCGAUCGUUUUUGAAGCAAUUUAAAACAUUUGCAGUGUGUGUUUUAUCAAACCUAAACAUACUCGGCUUCGCCUCGUAUCUUUAUAUCUGAUAAAACACUGCUGCUCAUGUUUUAAAUAGUACAAAGCUAACCGACCUUUGAACGACCGGCCGCUGACAUAAAGUUAGGGCAAGUGUCGUGUCAGAGACGAGAAACACGGCUAAUGGUCAUCAAUUUUUGUCCAAUCAAUGUAAAUACAGAUUUUUAACAUUUAUCAAGUUUUCAAUUGUGCACAAACAGAUGUCGAACGACAACUAGUGAUAAAAACCGUGCUCGUCUUUACAAUUCAAUCGAUUAACACACACAAAAAAGUCAUUUCACAUGCAUUACCAUGUUGGUUUAUCAGUGUUCUUUGCAGGAGUUGAUUAUGAGGUAUUCUUCAAAUAUUGGUGGUCAGUAAAUACUUGCUCCAGUGAGAACAGGUAUAUCAGAACUUGCAAAGACGAUCACAAAUUUCACUUUCGAUAUCCAUUACAAGUCCGCGCAGACACUAAUGCAGGUGAAGACCUAGCCUCAGUUCCACACAGGUGCUCAGGACAGGCUUCUUGUCAUCCCGAAGAACGGUUCACAGACGAAUCUUACUUUCGAUGUCCACACACCUAAGACCACGGCAAAGCCUGGGAACGAGGUUGGGAACAUGGUCAUGCACUAUGUGUUUUCAACCGUUCAGGGAACCAUCAUUCCAGACUUUGAAAUCUGAUGUAUUUCCUCUCCAACUAGUUGUUUCUCUGCUUACAAUUAAUAUCAAGUUGGUUUCUCUUCGUUUGACAGCCAUGAAAAACAUGUCUCUUUUGUCAGAAGAGUUUUCUUUAAACACUGAUGACAAAACUGACCACGUUUGUGGCUAACAUUGGCUAACAUUAAAACAGAAAUUAUAUAUUCAGCAAUAGAGAUUUUGAAUCAAAUUUAGAAUGGCAACAGUUGUAAUCUGUUUGUCAACGGGUUUGGCCUCACUGCGAAUCAGGUACAGUAUCGAGGACGUUUGAGAUGUGUCUGAUAUUAUUUCUUCAUUCCUGCGGGUAUUUCUAUUUUGAAUUGCUUUGCGGUUUCUGAGCGAUAAUUUCUAUAUUUUCCCCAAAAUUAUUAAAAAUCACGUAGCCACGCUUCAAACUGCGACACUAUAGAAGCCAGAAAUGCUUUUUUUGUUAAUUCAUGAAUGUGAGUUUUUCAACAGUAAGAUGAUCCCAAUUAUCAGUUUCAAAUUCGUACCCACCAAUGGUAUCAGUACGCAGGUAAUGAGUUUGUCGCAUGGCAACAGCUCAAAACUAACUGUCGGACAAGAAGUUUGGAAAGUACGCUGCAAAGUUGUUGCGCUUUGUUUCAUGAAGUUUUAUUAGAAUUUAUUAAAAUUCAUACUCCUGUUAUGUCCAUGAUCCAACAGUUUACGAAGUACUAGGAAUUGAAGACUUUCUUUGUCAUCAUAGAUUUAAUUGAACUUUGAACUUUGGGCAAUUGUCCCAUGAGUAUACAAAAUUUGCAGAAAUGUUUACCACGAAUUGACCAUUUGCGUAAUAGACUAAAUUUUGAUCUAAACAAGUCUAGACAAAAUUAGUAAUAUUCCAAAGUUUCGUUGCGAAAUGUUGUAAAAUGCGGAAAAUAUAGCCUUGCGAAGUUUGCAGUUUUCAGUCAUUUGGAACCAAAUUCACGGCGAAAACUUGGAAUCGCGGUUCUACUGACAGUCUAAGAAUAAUAGUUGAAAAAAUUCUCCUAACGGAAAAUUUACUCGAUUUUAUUGGUGGUUUUUAUGCCAUGCAAUCUCUAAUAUUUAGUUUAAAGAUGGAUAUAUAGUGUUUCUUCGUAAAGCAAAGAUUACCUAUUGCAAUGAUAUAUAGUUUAUCAAAAACGCAUUUCUUGUACGGAUGUGAUUAUGUUGCCCGUUUAGUUUUUUGUUGUCUUAUUUUACUUCACCUGCGCUAAAAUAUUCGUUUGUUUUAGUUCUAAAUUUAGAAAAGCACGAGGAGGAUGUAACUGAAGAUUUUCCAAUAAUCUUGGUUGGUUUCAGUCAUGGUUGUGUUGUACUUAACCAGAUUGUUCAUGAGAUACACGACAUCAUAAAGUCAGAGAAAACUGGUUUACUAAAAUUUAUUUAUCGCAUCAACGCUAUUCAUUGGCUGGACUCUGGUCACUGUGGCCAAUCAAAUGCUUGGGUGACAGACGAACGAUUAUUAGGGUCCCUAGCUGAGACAAUUCCUCGUAUACGUGUCCACCUCACACCUUAUCAAAUUCGUGACAAAUCUCGCGGGUGGAUUGGGGAGGAACAAGCUCGGUUUACAAAGAUUUUAAAGUCACGUGGUGCAGAUAUUAAAUCUCAAAUUUAUUUUGAAGACCAGGGACCAUCGCUGUGUAAUCAUUUUAAAUUACUCGAGACAUUCGACCCAGCAAUGUCAGCUAAUGAAUGACAUAACAUUGGACCGUUAGUAUUGGUGAAUAGACCUUUCUCAUAAUGACGUCAAACGCGGAUAAUGCGAUAUUACAAGGGACAAUUUUUAGCGACAAUUCGCAAUGCAAAUGAUGUUAGAUGAAACUUGAUUUGCUUGGCAAAGAUGUGUCACAUCGUUUUUACAGGAAAAGCGGGAGCAUUCUGAACAGUUCACUGGUGAAUAUAGUCAUAUAAUUCAUAUUCUGAACAAUUCACUGGUGGAUAAAGGCAUAUAAAUAUUCGCUUUGUAUCUAAUUGUGGGUCAACCUCGCAAGCCAGGCAUUUUACCUCCGCAAUUCGUGGUGGAGGGAGCGAAGGUAGAGAGCCUGGCUUUCCAGGUUGAUUUAAAGGUUCACUAUCUUUUCUUGUAUAUAAUUUAUAUAUUAAUGACUGUUUUCCAACACUAACAUAGACCAUUUGCAGAGUUACUGAAGCAUACUAUUAUACACAAUGAUGCUGUAUAGAGGUUUUUUUAGCUUAAAAGCUUUGACUUCCGCUACCAAUCAGAUGCGUUUAAUCUACCCGAUUGACCAAUCAGAUUCGCACUGAGCCAAGAGAGAGGUAGCGGUAGCUGGUGAAAGUUAAAUCUUAACCUUUCCUAAGGCCAAGUUCAAACGUCGAACUUUUCAUGUGGCGAACCUGACGCAAAUGAGCUCAAACAAUGAGCGACACUAAUAGCAGUAAUAUAAGCCUAAGUCAAUUAAAACAAUGAGUGACUGGGUGGCAUGGAGAACAGUGAAAUUUACACAACAAUGAAAACACAAUGAAAAAUUUUGGUCACUGAAUCGUAGGCAUAAUGAAUAAGAUUUGAUCAUGGAAAUAACAUUUUAGAAUGACGUCGAGGCUUUGAGCGU